AGUUACCUUUGACUUUUUGAUAAACAAGCACACAAUUUCACACACGCUACUCGAAAAAUACAAAAAAAUAUAUAUAAAUAAUCUCUAAAAAGACAAAAAAAAAUAACAAAAAUGAGCUGCAGAGCUCCAGGAUUACUCACAAGUGGCUCGGAGUUGAACAUAUCUGACCUGGACGGCCUGGAAAACCAAUAUGCCGAGGAAUCCAACAACGAGGUGGAUCUCGACGAGGAGUACGACAAGCUGGAGAAGCUGAAGCAACGGGUGCUGCACCUCCGGGGACUUGUGGCCGGACCCUUGCAGCCCCAUGAAGAGCUCCAUGGACUGAGCUUAGACGGCGUAUCCAAGAACCCCGAGUUGCAGAAGGCUCAGGUGAAAACUAUGAGAGCUAAGGCACGGGUGGCUAAACUGAGUUGGCGCCUCAAGGGGGACCGUAAAAUCCUGCGACGAUUCAACGCUGAGCUCUUGUGCCACCUGCAGUGCUCCGGGAAGCUGCUGGAGAAGAUGGGUGAGCCCAUGAAGUGGAGGCCGCAGCACGAACACUACAAGGAACUGUGCCGGGAGCGGUACAGCCAGCUGGACAUCUCCCUGUGCAACUACCUGGGCUACAGCGACCGCAUGCGACCCAUACAGACCAAGCUCUUUAGGGCGUUUCACGUCAAGAUCCCCAUGUUCUACUAUCGGCGUGACUUUAGAAAUAUAUCCAUGUCUCUGGGUCGAAUCCAAAGCACAAUACGCUUCUGCGCCAAGCGACUGAUGGCUCACAUCCGGGAGGUGGAGGAGGACCUGGACACAAUGCACACUCCGGUGCCGAUGGCCUCGCUCUCGGAAGUGUCACUUAUGAUCAACCGGAAGUGCAACGCGAAGGCGUACGUGCCACAAAGAAGCAGUAUCGCCAGCUUGAAGACCAUUAUCGAAAGUAAAAAAUGGACCAAAAAACUAAACUAUGUACCCACUAAUUAAAACAUCAAUUACGUGUUUAAUUCGAAAA